CUCCAGGGGAGCAGAGCUCACAGCCGAGCUGCUGGAGACUCAGGAAGCUGCAGAUGAACCAUGUUGGUGCUGCUGCUGGCUGCUGCUCUGCUGGGAGGAUACAUCUUCCUCACAAAGACGAUCUUCAGAGGCGCUAAAUGUCGAGGAAACGCAGCGAUGGCCGGAAAGACCGUCAUCGUCACAGGAGGAAACACGGGCAUCGGUAAAGCCACGGCGCUGCACCUGGCCCGGAGGGGGGCCCGGGUGAUCCUGGCCUGUCGGAACCGGGACAAGGCCCAAGCUGCCAUCGCUGAUAUACAACAGGAAACAGGAAGUACUGACGUCCUCUACAUGCUGCUGGACCUCGCCAGCCUCAAGUCCGUCCGCUGCUUCACUGAGACGUUCCUGAAGACCGAGGGUCGGCUUGACCUGCUCAUCAACAACGCUGGUUUGGUCGCUGACGGACGGACGGAGGACGGCUUCGGCAUCGAGUUCGGAGUGAACCACCUGGGUCACUUCCUGUUGACCUGCCUGCUGCUGGACAGGAUGAAGGAGGCCGGGGGGGGACGGGUGGUCACCCUGUCCUCCAUGGCUCACCGCUGGGGACACAUCGACUUCGAGGCUCUGGCGGAGGACAAACACCUGGGCACCGGCUGGUACAGCUGGCAGUUCUUCAUGGCGUACUGCAACAGCAAACUCUGCAACGUCCUCUUCACCCACGAGCUGGCCAAGAGGCUGAAAGGAACCAACGUCACCUGCUACAGCGUGCACCCUGGUGUCGUCCGCACUGAGCUGUCCAGAUACGUCGGCCUGUGGCAGAAGAUUUUCAUCGAGCCCAUUGCUCGGCUGCUGUUCCUCGACCCGGAGGCCGGAGCUCAGACCACGCUGCACUGCGCCCUGCAGGAGGGAAUCGAACCUCUGAGCGGACGUUACUUCUUCUGCUGCGGCGUACAGGAAGUGUGCGCCCGGGCCAGAGAUGACGCGGUGGCCCGUAAACUGUGGGAGGUCAGCGAGAGGCUCAGUGGACUGUCUUAGUGUUUGGACUCAUUGACCAUGAACUGUCCCUGUGUCUGUCCCACUGUGAAUACAUUCAUGACCACGUUCUGUCUGCAUCGUUCAUUUACUGUCUCGUGUUUCACUGUCACAUGGAACCAAGUACAUCUACUCACUUUCUGUACUGAAGUACAUUUAUCUUCAGGUAAAUUCACUUAUACUUCACUACAUAGAUCAUCAAAUAGCUGUACUUUCUACUGAAAUACACGUUCACAUAGUUUUUCUUAUAUAUAUAAAGAUGAUUAGUAGUUUGACGGGUAUUUGUCAUCUGAUCCAAUCAGAGAAAGCAGGUAACAUUAAGCCCUGUCUCCUUCAAGUAAUGCAUCAAGUAAUACACCAACAGUAAUGCAUCAAGUAUUACAUCCAGUAUAACAUCAAGUAUUACAUCAGGAAAGCGGAGACUUUGUCAUCAUGACUCAGCAGAUUGUUUAAUCACUCUAAAAGUAAUUUUAAUUUAAUCACUCACUCAUUCUGUCGUAAUAUCCAAAUAUUUAUUGACGUUUUUAUACACUAAAAAGUGAAGUCAGUGUUUCCCACAAUGCAUCAUGAUGGUCACUGAGCAGAAUGUACCAUCAUGCAUUGCAUUGACAGCAAGAGAAUGUGGGCGAGACGAGGGAAGCGAGGGAGGAGCCGGAACAAACCAGCCUGAGGACGUUUGUGAUUUCAUUGUUGUUAUUGUUAUAUUGGAAAGUUCUUCCUCAUUCGUGCAGGUUUCAGCAACACACCGUCGCCUGGGUGUGUGUGUGUGUGUGUGUGUGUGUGUGUGUGUGUGUGUGUGUGUGUGUGUGUGUGUGUGUGUGUGUGUGUGUGUGUGUGUGUGUGUGUGUGUGUGUGUGUCUGUGUGUGACUGUGUGUGUCUUCUGUGCUGCUGCAGGAUUUCACACAGGAUCAACAGCUCAGUGGAACGUGUUGGAAGAGGAGGACGGUUCUGCUCAGCACCGCAACAAGAACACAAAUACAUUUAAAUUCAGUAAAUACCAAUAACAACAGGUCCAAUACAAACACAUACUACUGUAUACUGUGAAGGAGAAGGUCUGUACACCUCUACCUGUCGCUAGUGUCAGCCUCACAUCCGGAGCAGGUCCAGAGCUCCACUGGGUUUCUGGGAUGAGCAGGUUAGAAACCAGUCUAAUUUACCAGUGACCGGAUCACCUGCUGCUUCCCUGGCUUCCUGAGACUGAGGCAGACGACUCAAAUGUUCAAACUCUGAUCUUCAACCGUUUGUGACAGAAGCUUCUUCUACUUAAAAAGGGCACAACUCUGUUUCUGUUUCAUAGAUUUUAUUAUUUUGAUCACAAUAUUAAAAUCACAUCACUCGGCUGCUGUUGAAUAAACACUUUUACAGACAGAAUCAUUUUGGCUUCAUCACAUCAAACAGACAAAUGUUCAUACAUGUUGGAUUAUUUCAUAUGUGAACAGACUUUAUGUGAUUAAACAUGAAUCAUGUCUCAUGUGUGAGUUUUAAUAAAGUUUGUUGAAUGUGAACAAUGA